AACACAUCAUAAUCCCUCUCAUUCUGAUUCCAUCAAGAGGAAAAAUGCCCACAAUCUUCUGGAAGAACAUUCUCAAAUGCCUACCCACCAUAAACCCAUCCUCACAUCCAUUGGCCUCAGAGUUGCAGGAGUAUAGCGAUCCAAUAUUACCAUCAUCCACUACCCUCAUCUCCCCGCCUACCACAUCAAUUAUUAUCAAGAACUUCAACUCCCCCUACGACCUCUCCUCAGCACCCACCUCCAAAUCCCUCAGUACUCCCUCCACCAACUCCUUCUCCUCCUCUUACUCCGACUCAGACACAGAAUCAAAUCUUGAUUUUGCCUCCAUUCUCGCCUCCCAACGUUUCUUCUUCUCCUCCCCCGGCCGCUCCAACUCCAUCAUCGAGUCCUUGCCAGAGCCCCAGACACCAGUCAGUGGAGGUGUCGCGAUUAAAAAGUAUUCACCAGAUCCUUAUACGGAUUUUAAAGAUUCAAUGCAACAGAUGAUUGAAGCAAGAGAGCUAAGGGACGUUAGGGCUAAAUGGGACUACUUGCAUGAGUUGCUCUCUUGUUAUCUUAAAUUAAACCCUAAAAACACUCACAAGUUUAUCAUUAGUGCUUUUGCUGACAUAGUAGUUUGCUUAUUGUCUUCGCCCUCGCCGGAAUCCGACAGACAACGGGAACCUGACGGCCUUCGUCGGUGACAUAAGGUUUCACGUUUCUUGGAGUGAUGUCAAUGAUGUACAUCUUUUAAAUUUGGUUUUGCUAGGUAAAAAGAAAUUAAGGGCAUUCGUGAUGCAUGUUAGAGGAGGCACGUUUUUUCGUUGUUUUGUGGAAUCACUUGUAUCUGGUGAAAAGGGAUGUUUUCAUGCAUGAAGACAGUAAAGGUCAUUUGCAAUGGAGGUAAAGUACAUUAUAAUAAGUUUGGAAACCAAGGAAUUCGCGUGGGAUGUUAAUGUCUCGAUGCAUGUUUUAAUUUUGAAGG